AUGGUGCGGCAUAGGCUAAUCGCCGGCUUGUACUNUUGCGAAUUGAAACCGAUAGUUAUUUUGAGUGGUUCGAGAUGUGGUGAAACGUUGAGGAUGGUCGAGAAAGCGUCGAAAAAGAUGAGUAUCGGACGAAAGGGCUUGCUGGAGACGACCCUGUUUGAUUCUCAGAAAGUGGUCACAAUUGCUUAUUUAAGUCGGCACGCGCAUAUAUCUAUUGAUGAAGCUAGAGACGAAUUACAAUCGUUUUAUAUGGAAAAUCGAGACAAAUCCAAAUUGCAUGCAAUUUAUCUGAUAAGCGGGCGAUUAAAUGAUGAAUCAACGAAUGAGAUAAAGCAACAAAACGUCAACAAACCAAUCGAAUGUAAUCGUGUGCAAUUGGUCAGAGACGAGAGUUUGGAGAAGAUCAAACAAAAUUAUCAUUCUGUGGAUACUUGUGAAAUAUUUUGUCUUCACUCAAAUUCCAUUAAGAGUUUAUACUCGUUGUAUGGUAUCGAUCAUAUAGAUGAUGAUGAGUACAAUUCAACGGAUAAAGAACGAAGUUGGCUAGCAUCUCAAAUGGCUGAGGUGAAACGAGAUGAGAUGUUGAAAGAACAUCUUGCAACUGCUCAACUUCUUGAAAAAUCGGCCAAGAAAGCUGCUCGUGAAAGUCCGUUUAGCACACCAACGAGCGAAAAAAAGCAUGACGCAUCAGAGAAUACGAAGGCUUCAGAGAGUGGUCAACAGAAGUUAGUUGUUCACUUCCCUCAGGAUGAUUUAUUCUCUGAUGAUGCAUCUUCAUCACCAGAGCGAAUGAACGGCUCCGAAGAAGGUGCUGAAGAGCGUCAAAGUACAACUCUUUCAUCGAAACGACCUCGUCGAUCGUCUCGUAAGUUAACACCAGAACGUAAAACAACUUCCACAAACGACACCAAAAAGAAACCCACUCGAAAGGAACAUGUUACAGAGACUUUCGUUGAUGAAGAUGGUUUUAUGGUAACGAAACAGGUUCUGAAAGAAGUGGACGUUCAGUCAGCGGAUGAAGAGAAUACAGCCAACUCGAAGAAACAAGUGCCGUUAUCACAGAUGACAACCCAAAAUAUCGCGUCAGAUCAGCCACACGCUAAUGAGAGAACGGUUGCAGCAAGUAAAAGGACACCUCAUGGACAGUCCAAAAUUAGUGCUUUCUUCAAGAAAGUUUAA